UAUUGAUAAGCUGCUGGUUGUUAUAUUGGUGAUAAACAGCUGAUUGUGAAUCUGUGGAGGAGCUUUAAUAAAAGGUUUUAUUUUGGUGCAUUUACCGACUUUAGCAGAAGACUGUUCGCGGUGUGUGUGUUAUUUUGUGUGUGUGUUAUUGUGUGUGUUUGUGUUUAUGUGUGUGUGUAGUUUCUAACCGUCACCAUCACAACAGUCUGGACCUGGAUCUGGUUCUGGUUCUGGUCUCUGCAGAGCCGGGAUAAUAAUAAAAAUGUCAUCCGUAGCUGCAGCUCCUGAGCCGGGUCUAACCCCGGGCUCCAUCCCGCUGGCUGACGCUCUGGUCCCGGCCAGUAUCUUCGCUCCGGACCGGGGGGGAUGCGGAGGAGACGAGGCCGGGGACGAGUGCUUCGAGGACGGGGAGGUGAUCAACGGCGAGUCCGAGGAUCGGGGGGUGGACUUCACCAAUAAGGUAAAAGCAGGCCGAGCUAACCCUGGAGAUGAAUGAAUGAAAGAAACGCGUUUAUGUUUUUUUAUUCAUGAUUAUAUUUUUAUUUAUAGUUAUAUUUUUACUGAAAAUUAAACACUGUUUGACCGUAAACCCAUUUAUUAAACCGAACCCGGACCCGUUCACUAACAUUAAAGAGCUAAAUGUGGCUAAUGCUAACAGCAGGUUGACUGCUCCAUCUGGGACCAGGAGCAGGUCUCUGGGGGACAGGAAUAUCUACAUAUCUGUGAAUUUAGACAAACAAACAGGCUCUGAGGUUACCUGACACUGUGAACACACACAGACUGAACAUCAGGAUGUGGUCAGGUGAGUCUGAUCCUUACCUGUCCAUCAGGUUUCACAAAAACAACAAGAUCCCAGACUGGUCCAACCUCGAUAUUCAGUAUUCUUGUGUGUUCUGAGGAGGGAACUAUGUGCCAUCUGUUUUAUUACUGCAUGUUUUCUCAAAUAUGCUGGAGGGAUGUGAAAAAUUACAUUUAGGGGAGACCGGGGUAAGUUGAGCAGAAGGGUAAAGGUCCUUACCAUAGACUAUAUUUAAACCAGCGCUGCGCAGUAGCGUUGUGCGCAUUCGGCGAAAGAGUCACCAAGAGUCGCUGUGAUGACGCUUGGCUCAAACAGCGUAUCCCUUGGGUGAGCUACGCAAUCCCUGAACGCCCAUAGGCUGUAUCAGGUGUCAAUCAUAGAAAACAUGAACCCCCUAAUAACUUUUAAAAAUGGAGCUGUACAGAAAAAAGAGGACUUGAGCACAAACCAGUCUGACAGUAACUACAUGUCAACAUCACAACCAGGGGGGAGAAACAUUUAUAUUCUGUGUCAUUAAGUUAUAACGUUUGUCCACAGCUCCAUAAGGAGGCGGGGUUUAUGACCUAUACUGCAGUCCGUCACCAGAGGGCGCUGUUCUCAGAGUGGCUUCACCCAGCGAGGAGGCAGACGGCGUCUAUUCUAAAUAUAGUCUAUGGUUGAAAUAUGAAUGAUAAAAUAACGAAAUAUUCUGAGGCAACUAUACGCGCCUGACUAUACACAUCAAGCCCGAUGCAAUUUUGCGACUUUCCAGGGGGAAAAAGACACAUCCCACGGAAAGUCCCGCCUCCUUUGCCUCUGAUUGGCUAGAAAAGCUGGAAACAUCAUCACAAGCUAAAGCCAAACGGUCAGCACACAAACACAAGGAACAAGUGUGUGAGAUUUCUGCACUAGUGAAAGGGAUAUUCCGGCGUAAAAUUAAUUUAGGGUCAAACACACUGUAACACCGAGUUCGACACCCCCUCCGGAGAUGAAUGUUGCUCAUUUUUUAUCAUUUCCUUGAAGUAAUAUCCAUCCAUUUUCUACCACUUAUGAAGUAAUGAUUGCCUAGUAAUCAUUUAACUCUGCAGACGCGGUAGUUCUUCUGACUUAGUGUCUCGGUCUGAUUGUAUUUCCAUGAAGAAAUGAUCAUAAAUGUUCUUCCUUGAGCUGCGGCACCCCGCUGUAGUCCGUAAUGGACUGGCCUGAGGUCUCACUACAAACAAAGAAAUGAGUCAAAGUUAAAAAGAUGUUUGGUGUCUAGUACUAUGGCUGUGACCCUAUAUGUCCUGUUGAUGAAGUUAGGUGCUGUUCUGAGCAUUAUUUGUGGCUAUAGAGUGGCGUUUUGGUUGAGGGCGUGGCUCUCUGUAUUUCUAUCCUGCGGUCGUUACUAAAGUUGGUAUAACUAGAGAAGCAAGCGGUCGACAACAUUCAUCUCUGGAGGGGGGGUUUAACUCGGUGUUACAGUGUGUUUGACCCUUAAUUAUUUUAAUUCGGAAUAUCCCUUUAAAGUUCGGUGGAGUUUGAGCUCUAGGAGGUGUUUUGGUGUUUUCCUGUUACAGUCAGUAUGAGGCUGUUUCAGCAGCUCUUACUGCUCCUCUCUGGUUCUGCUGUUUCUGCAGGGUGUUGCGUUCACACAGAUCCUUAAAUAGUUUCAUGGGAAUAGAGACAUCUGUGUUUGUGUGCAGAGCAGAUCUGAACCUCCACUCCCUGCAGCUCCUGAAGAGCUGAGAUAAAGAGGUGAAGAGCGAUCCACCGACCAGGGAUCAGCUGACGACUGCAGACAUUUUUAACCCUCUCCUGUUUUCUCUCUCCUUCUCCUCAUGAACGGACCGAUCAGCUGGCUCUGGUCAGUCCAAAUGGAGAGCAGUACGAUUCUUUACUUCGACAGCUCCGGGACAGGAUGGAGGAGGGAUGUGGAGAGACCAUCUACGUGGUGGGGAUGGGCUCAGGUGAGGUCGUCAGAGUCCUGAUCCUUAAGAUGGAUUUCCUCUGAAGUCCAUCCUCACAGAGCCUCCUCUUGUACCUCCUCUCUGUUUCAGACGGAGGUGACUGGGGUCUGGAUGAGAAGGAUAUGGAGGCCUCCAUCGCCACGGUGCACUCCAUGUGUGAGCAAAUCGACGCCGACCUCAUUCCUCUGCGGGAGCGAAACGAGGCUGCCGGUUUGGUCCGGGACUAUCUGAUCCGCAGGCGUGUAGGGGAGCUGGACUUCCUGGAGGUCAGGUAAGGGAUCAGAGGUGAUGAGGAGGUGUCAUGGUGGUUUGGAUUUCUGUUAGUGAGAUGUGGUUAAAGCGGCCCGGUUCGGUUCUAGUGAUGUUCUGGUGCUCCUCCCCCUCCUGUAGGGUGGCGGUGGUGGGAAACGUGGACGCCGGUAAGAGCACGCUGCUGGGAGUGUUGACCCACGGCGAGCUUGACAACGGGCGAGGGUUCGCUCGCCAGAAGCUCUUUAGACACAAACACGAGAUGGAGAGCGGCAGGACCAGCAGCGUGGGCAACGACAUCCUGGGCUUCGACCAGGAGGGUCAGGUGAGGAGAACCGGGCCCAGGAGGGGACCGGUUUACAGGUCUUUUUAGAGCUCCAGAGUCCAACGUGACUAAAUCCAUCUCUCUUUAGGUGGUCAACAAACCCGACAGUCACGGAGGAAGUCUGGACUGGACCAAGAUCUGCGAGAAGUCCUCCAAAGUCAUCACCUUCAUCGACUUGGCGGGCCACGAGAAAUACCUGAAGACCACCGUGUUCGGGAUGACCGGACACCUACCAGACUUCUGCAUGCUUAUGGUCAGUGGGGGGGUUCACUGAGACCUGAACCAUCAGAGUUCUGUUCAGCAUGGAGUCUAAUGAUACUGAUGACUUAAAAACCAGUUAGAGACGGUUCUGGAUUCUCCUCCCUGAUUAAAUCUCACACAGAGAAGAACAAGAUCUAUCUGUCUGUAAAUCUAUCUAUCUAUCUAUCUAUCUCUAACCCCCCCCCCCAGGUUGGCAGUAACGCGGGGAUCGUGGGGAUGACCAAAGAGCACCUGGGUCUGGCGUUGGCCCUGAAUGUCCCGGUCUUUGUGGUGGUGACUAAGAUCGACAUGUGUCCGGCUAACAUCCUUCAGGGUCAGUCCUUGUCACUCUCAAGGUUCUUCUUAAAUCCGAAGGUUCUAGACGUGUCUAUGUCAGAUUCUGAUUCUGGGUCACCACAGAAACUCUGAAGCUGCUCCAGAGGUUACUCAAGUCCCCCGGCUGCAGGAAGAUCCCGGUCCUGGUGCAGAACAAGGACGACGUCAUUGUCACCGCUUCCAACUUCAGCUCAGAGAGGUUCUUCUUGACUCCUCAGACACCUUCAGAGUCCAUGUUCUGGUCCCCCUUUGUUUGUGUAACUCUGGUUCUGUUUCCUGCACCCCCCCAGGAUGUGCCCGAUCUUCCAGAUCUCCAAUGUGACCGGGGAGAACAUGGACCUGCUGAAGAUGUUCUUGAACCUGCUCUCCUCCAGGACCUCGUACAGAGACGACCAGCCCGCCGAGUUUCAGAUAGACGACACCUACUCUGUGCCGGUAUUCUGAACCAGUUCUCAUGACCGGACCCAUUUCCCUGUGAUCCAAACUCAUGUUCUGAUCCAAACCUGCUCUAACCCAGCGUCUGUCUUUUGUCUGUCUCAGGGGGUGGGGACUGUGGUGUCAGGGACUACUUUACGUGGACUGAUACGGCUGAAUGAUACCAUGCUGCUGGGGCCGGACCCUUUGGGCAGCUUCAUCCCCAUUGCCGUCAAAUCAAUCCACCGUAAGAGGAUGCCCGUGAAGGAGGUCCGAGGGGGUCAGACGGCUUCGUUUGCUCUCAAAAAGGUGGCUGGACCUCCAGAGUGGUUCCUCAGGUUCCUCAGACCCUUGGUUUAGGUCUUGGCUCUAAAGUCUCUCUCUCUCUCUCCUCUCUGUAAAGAUCAAACGCUCGUCCAUCAGGAAAGGCAUGGUUAUGGUGUCCCCGAGGCUCUGCCCACAGGCCACCUGGGAGUUUGAGGCCGAGAUCUUGGUCCUGCAUCACCCUACCACGAUAUCCCCUAGAUACCAGGCCAUGGGUGGGUAUCACAGACCUGCUCGGUGUGGGGAAGACCACCUGCAGCCUUUACCCACAAUUUCGACCGCAUCCGGAACGACUGUGAAAAGGCCGUAUCCGCGGAUCGUAGCUGAUCGUAACCAUUCAAGUUAACGUGUCAAUUUCCACGGACUUCUUUCCGUUCCUCUGCGGAGCAUGCCGGAUAAUUUCAGCACAGAUUAACCCGUGCUGGAAAGGAACGCUCGAUUGCAUGUGAAUUUGUGGGUUCUUGUGAGUUCGGGCGAUUCCAACUGUCCGUAAUCCGCCUCAAAAACAGAUCCGGUAGGAAUUGGCAUACGGUGAAAAUCGCUGCCAUUCCGGAUGCAGUAGAAAUCCUGAGUUAGUCUGUUUCUGUCAGAUUUUAGAGCCGCUGAUCCAAUGAAGGGUAGUCGGUCUGGUUACCUGCAGCCACGAACAGACCCUGCCCUUCAUUAGGAUGGGCUUCUAUUCAAAGGUUUACGGUAAUAAUCUCUCCCCCCCCACACACAGUUCACUGCGGCAGCAUCAGACAGACAGCCACCAUCCUGUCCAUGAACAGAGAUUGCCUAAGGACCGGGGACAAGGCCUCAGUCCACUUCCGCUUCAUCAAGACCCCCGAGUACCUUCACUGUGACCAGAGGCUGGUGUUCAGGGAGGGGCGGACCAAAGCUGUGGGGACCAUCACCAAGGUACUGAACAGGGUUGCAAAAUUCUGGGAAUUUUUCUGGAAACUUCCCAUGGAAAGUUUCUGGAAAUUGUAACCUGAGUACUUACCCUGUAAGACCAGCUCUCUCUGAUCUGCUCUGAGAUCCUCUUUGGGCUCUGACUCUGUCUUCUUCCUCUUGUUUUUCGUUCAGCUCCUUCAGUCCACCAACAACAUGCCGUCAAAUUCCAAACCUCCUCAAAUUAAAAUGCAGUCGACAAAAAAGGCGCCGCUCCGAAAAGAGGAUGGCACGGUGGCAGUAGGUGACGAUGCAGCGACGAUAGGACCGCCAGGAGGAACGACGGCGACGCAGCAGCAGGUGAGACGUUUGUUUUCUGGAGAUGAUCUUCUGCUGCUGCUUUUCUCAGUAUUUCUGCUCCUCUCUAAAUCUUCACUGCUUCUCUUCCUCUUUCAAUCUUCUCACAUCCUUGUUUCCUUUUCCUUCCAUCCUUUCUCGUCUCCUUCUCUCCUCUCCUCUCCUCUCCUCCCAUGCUGCUUCCAAAGGGAGAGGGGGAUGAAGACCCUCAGAUAAAGGAGGGGAACAAAGAGAACAAGGUAAAAGAUGAGGAGGUGGAUUAAAACCAGGAACCUGCUGGUUCAGGGUUUGACCUGAUGCCUGACUUUGUGGUGGACCCUGUAGAGGGUGGUCUGAGGGCCCAGGGCCCGGUCUCUGGUUCCUCUGUUGGUUUCCUCUAUGAUCUCUGUGUUAGUGUGAGUCUGAUGAUCUGAUCUCCUUUCUCUCUCCUGUGCAGCCAAAGUCAGGAGGAGGUGGGAGGAGGCGAGGCGGUCAGAGGCACAAAGGAAAAGGUCAGAACAGCAACGCCAACUCCACAGCGCCCCCCUCCUCAUCGUCAGGACCUGUAGGCUGUUAGAGCGCCUCCGUCCGAGUUUACGCUCCCUCUGCUGUCACUCCACAAGUGUCUUCAUUCCACAGACCAUCAGCCGUCUGCAGCGACACUCCCUACUCCUCCUUCUUACUACUCCUCCUCUUCCUCACUCCUCCUCCUCCUCCUUCUUACAGUGGCUUUAGUUUUGAUUUUAAAGGGAACACAGAGGACCACGUCCUGAACCGCACACACACAUAAACCCACUACCGAGUCUGGAGUCAGCUGCCUGAAUGUCCUGAAGGUUCGAGGGCUGACUCUGGACCUCAGCCUCGCUCUGGGGGGGUCUGAUCUGAUCCAGAUUCUCCUCCAGGGAGGCAGGGAGGGGGUUAAAACUGACACUGAGGGUCCAGCACCAACACGAGCAGCUAUCUGUGGACCUCCCUGUUCAUUCCUGUUUUAUUGAAAUGUCGUAUUUAUUCUGCUUCUGUAAAUUCGCUGUUAGCUGUGCUCUGAUCGGACUCUUGUAUGCAAAACAUCAAACUGAAUGUAGCAAAGAAGACGAAGAAGAAGAGGGCGCGUCGUGAUUUUUAAUGAGGACGAAGCUGUUAGCGUUUUUAACUGUCGGGUAUUUAUUCAGCAAACAUGCAGAAACCUUCAGGUUCUCACUCAGACCCCCUUCUCACGCCACCCUCCUUCCUCCGCCCGCCGCCGCAUUCAGACCUCAUCCAUGGUGUUAGCUCACAGCGUUAGCUCAUCACAGUGCUGCUGCUGCUGCUGCCUGUAACUCUAGUCCUCCAUGUCUGUUGAAGCCUGUUGCUGUGAAAAUGUGAUGUUUUAAACUGACAAACGACAAUAAAACGAGCUUUCCUCAACUUUUACCAGA